UGCACCCGCUGGGCCGGAGCAGCCAUGCUGGGAUCGCGGGCCUGGCUGGGUCGCGGCCUCCUGCUGCCCAGCGCCGGGCUGCGUAUCGCCGCGAGCCGCAGGGGUAGCUCCUCCCGGGACAAGGACCGAAGUGCUUCGGUCAGUAGUUCAGUGCCCAUGCCUGCUGGAGGGAAGGGAAGCCGGCCUAGCUGCCCACCGUCUACACCCCAGAGGGUGCCCAACCGCCUGAUCAAUGAGAAGUCACCGUACCUCCUACAACAUGCCUACAAUCCUGUGGACUGGUACCCCUGGGGACAGGAAGCCUUCGACAAGGCCAGGAAAGAAAACAAACCAAUUUUCCUUUCAGUGGGGUACUCCACCUGUCACUGGUGUCACAUGAUGGAGGAAGAGUCCUUCCAGAAUGAAGAGAUAGGCCGUCUGCUUAGUGAGGACUUUGUCAGUGUGAAGGUGGACAGGGAAGAGCGGCCAGACGUGGACAAGGUGUACAUGACUUUCGUGCAGGCCACCAGCAGUGGUGGAGGCUGGCCCAUGAAUGUGUGGCUAACUCCCAACCUUCAGCCCUUCGUGGGGGGCACUUACUUCCCCCCUGAAGAUGGCUUGACCAGAGUUGGCUUCCGCACGGUAUUGCUGAGGAUACGGGAGCAGUGGAAACAGAAUAAGAACACCCUGCUGGAAAACAGCCAGCGUGUCACCACAGCCCUGCUGGCCCGGUCUGAGAUCAGCACAGGUGAUCGACAGCUGCCACCCUCUGCUGCCACCAUGAACAGCCGCUGCUUCCAGCAGCUGGAUGAGGGCUAUGAUGAGGAGUAUGGUGGCUUUGCCGAGGCCCCUAAGUUUCCCACACCAGUGAUUCUGAACUUCCUGUUCUCCUACUGGCUCAGUCAUCGGUUAACCCAGGAUGGCCCUCGGGCCCAGCAGAUGGCCUUGCACACCCUGAAAAUGAUGGCCAAUGGGGGCAUCCGGGACCAUGUGGGACAGGGCUUUCACCGCUACUCCACAGACCGCCAAUGGCAUGUCCCACACUUUGAGAAAAUGCUCUAUGACCAGGCCCAGCUGGCAGUGGUUUAUUCACAGGCCUUCCAGAUCUCUGGUGAUGAAUUCUACUCUGAUGUGGCCAAAGGCAUCCUGCAGUAUGUGUCUCGGAGUCUGAUCCACCGGUCUGGAGGCUUUUAUAGUGCAGAGGACGCAGACUCACCCCCAGAGCAGGGCAUGCGGCCCAAAGAGGGUGCCUUCUAUGUGUGGACAGUCAAAGAGGUCCAGCAGCUCCUCCCAGACCUUGUGCCAGGUGCCACAGAGACACUGACCUCAGGUCAGCUCCUCAUGAAGCACUAUGGACUCACAGAGGCUGGUAAUAUCAGCCCCACUCAGGACCCCAACGGGGAGCUACAGGGUCAGAAUGUGCUGAUGGUCCGGUACUCACUGGAGCUGACUGCUGCUCGCUUUGGCUUGGAUGUGGAAGCUGUGCGGACUUUGCUGAACACAGGCCUGGAGAAGCUCUUCCAGGCCCGGAAACAUCGUCCAAAGCCACACCUGGACAGCAAGAUGCUGGCUGCCUGGAACGGCCUGAUGGUGUCUGGCUAUGCUGUGACCGGGGCUGUCCUAGGCAUGGACAGGCUGAUUGGCUAUGCCACCAACGGUGCCAAGUUCCUCAAACGGCACAUGUUUGAUGUGGCUAGUGGCCGUCUGAAGAGGACAUGCUACGCCAGCAGUGGGGGGACUGUGGAGCACAGCAACCCACCCUGCUGGGGCUUCCUGGAGGAUUAUGCCUUUGUGGUGCGGGGCCUGCUAGACCUGUAUGAGGCCUCACUGGAGAGCUCCUGGCUUGAGUGGGCUCUGCGUCUGCAAGACACGCAGGAUAGGCUCUUCUGGGACUCCCGGGGUGGCGGCUACUUUUGCAGCGAGGCUGAGCUGGGGGCUGGCCUGCCCCUGCGUCUGAAAGAUGACCAGGAUGGUGCAGAACCCAGUGCCAACUCUGUGUCGGCCCACAAUCUGCUUCGGCUGCAUGGCUUCACGGGCCACAAGGACUGGAUGGAUAAGUGUGUGUGCCUGUUGACAGCCUUUUCUGAGCGCAUGCGCCGUGUCCCAGUGGCAUUGCCUGAGAUGGUCCGUGCUCUCUCGGCCCACCAGCAGACCCUCAAGCAGAUCGUGAUCUGUGGAGACCCCCAGGCGAAGGACACCAAGGCUCUGGUGCAGUGUGUCCACUCCAUCUACAUCCCUAACAAGGUGCUGAUUCUGGCUGAUGGGGACCCCUCAAGCUUCCUGUCCCGCCAGCUGCCCUUUCUGAGCACCCUGCGGCAAUUAGAAGACCGAGCCACUGCCUAUGUGUGUGAGAAUCAAGCUUGCUCCAUGCCCAUCACUGACCCCAGUGAACUACGAAAACUGCUACACCAAUGACUGCCCGGAGUCCCUUGAGCUGGGGCAGAAGGUGGAACUUCCCAGCUGACCAGAGACUCAGGCCAUGCAGGGCUGUGCAGAACUUGUGGCCAUCCCUGGGCACCCUAUCACCAGGUGACCUUGGCCAUCCUCAAUGCUUCCCCAUGGGCACCCAUGCACCCUGGAAUAAACCUAACAGCGUCCCGCGGUGA